UACCUAUGGAAGGUAACUCGCCUAUCUCUCUUAGAGUUGUUGGUGCAGCCAAAGGCUGCGCAGCUAGUGGGCAUUGCUAUUACAUCCACUGGUCCCAAACCUACUAGGUUUCAUCCACGUCCUUAACCAACAUGGCUGACACAAGCUUCAGUGGGUCACGUGGUUACAUCUUGUUUCUCAACCCAGUGACGUAACUGCAGUUUUUAAGGUAGUCCAUUGUAAUUUGAUGACAGGCAGAGUUCGAGCUGUUUAAUGUUCCAUUCCUCAUCCAGCUUGUUCAGCAGCCUUCUCCUCAACCCCAGCAUGCACAGAGAGCUCUCACACUGACUGACAGACUUAUCUGGGAAAUAGCAAACCUUGACAGCAGCUCAAAGGUCUCUGUACAUUGGACCUGCCUGGGAGCCUGCGAGGGGACAGAGAUACACCAGGAGCCGGCUGACAAAGUAAGUCAUUCAUUGUAGCAACAUGGAGGGGUGAAUCCAGCCUGUAUAAAGAUCUGACAUGAAACGGAUUGCAAAAUAUCUAUUAUUUUAUUGAGAUCCUUCCUGCUGUGCCAGGAUAUAUGCCUGGUACCCUAUAGGAGACAUACCAAGAACUGCUCUGUACUCCAACAUAGGGGUGCUGAUGCAAUCAUACACAGUGCAAUCAUCAGCACCGGUCCUUAUAUCCCCAGUCAGACACAGCACUGCAUUCAUCAGCUACUCAAUGGAUUAAAUCAUGCACUCCACCUUCAAUGAAAUAUUGCUAUUAUGAUGGACUGAAGCAACUUGGACAUACUUCACUCAGCAGGUCACUGAGUGCAUAAAGCUUAUGCAAGAUAUUCGAAUAUAGAAUGUUUGCUAGUUCUGCUAAUCAUAGGGGUAAAUCAUGAUUAUGUAACUGCAGAUGUGGACUUUGCGUGUGUGCAUAUGUAUGUUUGCAAAUUCCAAUGCCCUCAAUUUCAAACGAGAGUUACGUCUUUAAAAAAAAAGAAAAACGAUUUGACUUAAAAUAAUUUAGUUGUAGUAUAUGAUCAUAUAUUUCAUAAGCGUGCCACUAUUUGCAGAGUAAUCUAUUUUUUUGCAAGUUCUACUAUAUUCUAACUUAAUGCCCACUUUUUAUAUUAUUAACCCACUUACAUGGGACAAACAUGUAGCAUAUAUUAUAACAUUAUUUUGCAUCAGUGGAUGUCCACAUGUUAAACCCCAGGGGCAUGACAAUGUCAUUUCCAGUUCUAACUCGGUAAUUCACUAAAGCUGACUUGGAUAUUUUUUUUCUAGUUUGAAUAUUUGGACAUUUAAUGUGAAUUCCCAAUAAUAAUCACUGUAGUGUAUAACCUUGCGUAAUAUAUAUAUAUAUAUAUAUGUGGUCUGUGUAAAUUGUACUGUCUUUUUCAGUCAGUAAUAAUUUCUGCAUGUGCCAUUUAAGCACAAUAUAUAUUCUAACUUUAAAUCCUGCAUCUUCCAAGAGAGUGACCCCAGCAGUAGAGAUCCCUGUGUCUAAUAUCACACCUAGAAAGUUUAACAUUUUUAUAUGCCAGAUAAACUCUCUGAUGAGUCCAGUGCAUCCAAUUAAUGUCAGAUAUUCAUUAAUUGCUGUUAGAUUUAUAACGAUUUUAUGUGUUACCUAGUAUUGAAGUGUCAUGAACGUAUGUGUAUAUUUCUUUUGUUUUCUAAUUUGUGAAUAUGAUAUUUUUACAUUGUAAUUUAUAUUUUUCAUUUGCAUGUUUUAUGUUUCAUGUCUUGGUUUUCAUGAUUUUGAUUCAUCUGCGCUUGCACAGUCUUGUAUUGGCAAAAUUAUCCAACUUGCUUUAAUAUUUUUGGAUAAACUUUAAAAUUGUUUUUUGAAGAUAUUAAAUGUAAAAAAAAAAAAUUUAAAAAUACAAAAUCAUUUUAAAGUGUAUCACAAAAUAUUAUAGCGAGGCCAAAAUUUGAGCUUAGUAUAUCAUUUAUAUGUAAAGGAAUAAUAUAUCCCUGCACUCAGACUUGGCAAAGGUCCUAAAUAUCAAAACCGAUAAAUAGCUAUUGGAAAAAUAAGGAGCAUUGUCAAAGUAUGCUGAAUUUGACAUUUCGACAGCUUUUCAUUUAAUAAAAAAACCUUGAACAUACAUACACAAGGUUACUUUCUAAACUAUGUAGAAUUGUAGCAAAUUGAAAUCCAGAUUGCAAAAUUGAGGCCAAAUAGUAGUUGCGACUAUAUGUGAGUUGGAACUUUUAUCCUGUUCAGUUUAGUUAAAGGAAGACUCCAUGCACUAUAACCACUGCAGGACACUGUAAUAGUUAUGUUACCAGGACUGCCAUGCUCUCCCCCUCCCGCUCCCUUCCAUUGUAUUGAGGUUAACAGAUUUAGAACAGCUUGAUUAUAUCCCUGGGCUCCGUCUGGUUCCUCUCUCCACCUAAUCUAAAGCUACAGGAGAACUGGAAGCUCUGUCUGAAGCUGUCAUCAAAUAGCUAGCCCUACACUGCAAGGUUUAGCUCAGGAGAGCAAAUGGAAGCUUCUAAGCUUCUGGCUCUCCCACAGCUGCAGUGCAGGGGGGGCAGUGUACAGGGUACUCUUGCUACCUUAACAACCACAGUUUGCUUUUUUUCCCAACAAUGUUUAAAAGGUAAAUUUCAGCUUACCCCAACUCCUUUUUAGUUAAUAAACCAUUAAUAUUCUUUUUCUUGACUGUACUGUACAUUACAUACCUUGUUUAGUCACCUAUCAUUAAGCCAUGUUUUAUUUCCUGUCAAAACAAGCAAGUGCCCAAGAAUGACCACCCUCUCCGAGUUAAAGGAAAUCUUCCGCAGUGCAGAUGCAGUGUGCUUCGAUGUUGACAGCACGGUCAUCAAAGAGGAGGGCAUCGAUGAGCUGGCAAAGUUCUGUGGAGUGGGUGAUGCUGUUGCCGAAAUGUAAGUAUAGCUCAGUAAGUAUAGUUAGUUUGUUAUUUUUACAGUUUUUUUUUAGUUGUUACUAAAUCAAAGGUUGCUUUGCCACAGUUAGUUUACAAUGCUUUUUUGAAACCAUACACUAUUGUUAUUCAUAGAAACAUAGAAUGUAAGGGCAGGUGGCCCAUCUAGUCUGCCCAAUUUUCUAAAUACUUUCAUUAAUCCUUGGCCUUAUCUUAUUCCCAGGCAUACUUAAACUCCUUCAACCCCUGCUCAAGUUUAAUCACCAAAGACACACCCCAGACGGGACUUGAUCCCACAAUCCCUGGCUUAGAAUGCCAGUGCUUUAUCCAUUAGGCCAUUGGGGCUUGAUGUUCAUUAAUGCUUAAUGUUGUGUACACCUUUUUAUUUAAAGGAACACUCUAAGCAACAUAAUUUGUACAGCUGUGUAUAGUGAGUAUGCUGUCAAUAGUCUGUGGGUGUUGUCCACUAUAUUUUUGUCAAAUCAUUUGGAAGCAGUUUGACAAAAAGCAGGAUCCCUCUCCCCCCACCCCCCCAGAGACUACCUUAUCGUUGGAUAACUUGAUAUUGCAGAAUUUACACUUAUCAAUUUUAUCCUACCUUGAUGGCAGUAAGGGAUGAGAGCUCUCACAUACAGUUUAACAGAAAACAGGGUUUGGUUCCACUGUAAUGAAGAGAUACAAUUGGUUUAAAAGAGCCCCUGAAGGUGGCUGUUUCAAACCUAUGGCCUACAACAUGUUGGUGCCCUUUGCCAUUCCACUGGCUUGUAGAAGAAAUUUAAGGGAAUCUUUCAUGACAAACACAACUUAAUCUUAAAUGGUAUAGGAUCUAACAGAAUUGUUCUAACAGAAUUGCUAACAAAUGUCUAGUUUUCUCUAAAGAGGGUUUAAAAACAGGUCUGCUCUCAGUCAGUUCAAUCUGUGCCAUUCCUAUGCCGAUCGGCACAGAGAUAAGAAGGCUGUGUUCUGCAUGUCUGUUAUUAGGGAAACCUUCCUCGAUGCGUAUCUCCUGCUUGAAUCCAGCCUAACGGAAAGAAAUUCCUGCAAGAGGAAAUCAGCUCUGUGUGAGAGCAGAACAGGGAGAGGAGAAAAACAACCAAGCAUUUUUAUUACAGCACCUAUGAACAGGCAAUCUUAGAAUGAGUGUUUAUGAGUGCAACUCACUUGCACUGUAAGUUUUUCUGUCUCUAUGGAGAGCGCAUAAAAGGGGGACUACUGUCACAUGUUUGUGUUUUAUGCAGAAAUACUAAUACUGUUUUUAGUCACAUCCUAUACCAGGCUGUUUUGUUACAGCAAGAGUAUUCAAUGCAAAUUGUUUCAUCAGUAUAUGGAGUAGCACACAUUGAAUAAAUGGACCAAAGUCUAAUUUUGGUUUGUGGAUUAGUUUUCAUUUUAUUAAACAUUUUUUACGUGCGUCAGUAUUCCAACAAUUUCUGUCAGUUUCAGCAAGAUCAUAUAUUCAGUAACAGCAAGUUUGUUAAGUUAACAAGUUAGUAAAUAUUUCUCUAAUAUGUUUAGAAAAUGCCUCAUAUGGCUUAUUUUUCCUCUGUGUGUGAUAAGCUCUCCUGCUGUAUUUCCAUUCCACAUAUCCCACAUGUCACUGAUUUAGUUCUUUAGAAGUGGAAACUUGUCUUUUCUCUGGCUGGCUGCACAGGGGAAGGUGGCAGACUGCCAGAAAUCUAGCAGUGUUCACCCAUACUUUGCAAAUCAUGCGGGCAUAUUGGUACCCUGGGAACAUUUUUUUUUUUAUACCACAGACAAGGAAUAAUUCAUGGAUGUCUGAUCCUGUUAUGAUGUCAAUUGUAGAGCUUGUCAUCAGACACACAAGAGAGCAAAAAAAGUAAAAAAAAAACCAAACAAACACAAAAUUCAAUUUCUAGGAGCUGCUGUAACCAAGACAGUUCCUAAGUCUCCAUGAACAUCACUCGCUGCACCAAAGCAGGGAACACAAGAGAGACUAACUAUUAGUUUUCAAACAUUGUCUGGCACAAGGCAUGUGUAUAUAGCUGAAGGAUCCUGACAUUUACUAAAGGUUGAGAUGAGUUUUACCUCAUUUUUACUUAUUUCUACAUAUCCUUCAUUUUAAAUAAAAAUACAUGUCCAUUCAAAACUUCAUAAAUGGAUUAUUAUUUUUUUUAAUUCUUUUUUGAUGUGAUGAUUGUCCUAUAUGUUGUGUUUGUUGCCAAUUUGCUUACUUAUCCUGUUUCAGGACACGCAGAGCAAUGGGAGGGUCUCUGACAUUUAGAGCAGCCCUUUCAGAAAGACUGUCAUUAAUCCGGCCCUCGAGGGAACAGGUGCAGGCUCUGAUAACAGAACAUCCUCCGAGGCUCACAGAGGGUAUACGGUGAGUUACUGCUUUGUGCAGUGCUUUAUAGUUUCAGGAGGGUUUCAAUGUUUUCAGUUUGGUAGGUAUUUUGCUUGCGUUUUCUUACACUCAAGGCACUUUAUCACAGACUGCAAAUAAUAAACAUAAAUGCAUUACUUUACCUUAACUUAAGGACACGUGAUGGAAAUAUUCCAUCAUGAUUCUCUUUUAUUUCAGAAGUUGUGUCCUUAGGGGUUAAAAAAGCCCUUCCAUUUCAAAACCUUUUCUCCUAAAAAGCCUCCAAUAGUACUUUGUUUUUGUUUUUUUACUAAGAAAAAAGUAUGCCGGUCUUUCUUCCUCAAUUCCAGCAAUGUUUUUAGUGUUAAUUCCAUUUACCUUUCUAGUCUGGGCAGUAUUUCGAUAUUACUGUAGCUGCUAUAUAUUUGGUUUUAAAGCCUAUAAAGUUUUUAAAAAUACCAGCCAGAUAAUAAUAAUAAUAAUUUAGAUAAAUUAUUCUUUGUGAUCAUAUAUUACACAAGUCUGUCACUAUUAGCAUAGUAUCUCAUAUUUGGCAGAUUCUAUUCUACCAACCUAAUGGCUGCUCUAAGUAGAUAACCCACUUGUAACGUUUAUUAGUUUUAUUUAGAAGAGUGCCUACAGAACCCAAGAUUGCAAGUAUACACUAUAUGGCCAAAAGUAUGUAGGCACCUCUACUAAUUAUUGACAUUACAGUCCAUAAAUCACAUAAAUUCAGCACUUUUAACACCUCCCACCUUUCUAGCAAAUAGCAAAGUGGGGACACUGCCUCACUUUCUUUGAACCAUAGUUUAUAGUGGAAGUCUGUGCUUCUCAUAGAGAAGCAAUGUUUUCAAUAUUUCUCCAUGGAAGGCUUUAUUGGUGGAUGUAGGCUAUUGCCAUUCAUACAGUGUCUCCCACUGUUUCUCUAUAAAAAUCGUAUGAUUGGACACAGGUUAUCAGUAAUGAUCACUAUACCAUAGACAGAUCAGAGCUGCAAUGAGAAGACUCUAUUGGUGCUGGGAUAAAAGUGAGUUUACUUGACUUGAUUUUUAACCAAUUCAGUGCUGAAAUAGGGUGUCAGUAAUCUAAACAGAACUAAGAAACCUAUUAAAAUAUAAAUAUAUAUAUAUAUAUAUAUAUAUAUAUAUAUUCAUCUGUUUUUUGGUGGGGUUUUUUUCUGAGUGUUCAAUUACGGGUAUAGUUUAUUCUUUAACAUAAUAAUUAUGGUUAUGGUGAUGUUUGGUGUGUAAAUUUUAAAAUGAAAGGCUGCAGAAAAGUGUAUAGUCAUGACUGCAAAUGCAGAAUCUAAAAUUAUAAACGUCUAUUCACAUGAUACGGGAAAGAAACACAUUCUUUAAAGACCCACAAGUCCACAUAUGAGAGCUCUAACAUGUUAACGUGGAUCUGUCCUCCUCAAAACACUUGUAGACAAAUUCACCUUCAGAUGAGCAAUACAGUAAUUAUGUCAUCCCUAACUUUGUUGCAAUUUCUAAUCUUUCAAGGGAACUUGUUCGUAAACUGCAUCAGAGAAAUGUCCAGGUGUUCCUCAUAUCAGGUGGAUUUCGGAGUAUUGUGGAGCACGUGGCUACAAAAUUGGAUAUACCUUUGGGAAAUGUUUAUGCAAACCGACUCAAGUUCUACUUUAAUGGUAUGUUAAGACUUUUAAAGUUAAAGACAGAUGCUAAAAUCUUUCUUCACAAAAGUCCUAAAGAUCUAGCAUAACUACUAUAUUUUUUUUGACCAAAUGUUUGACUAUCCUGUUUGACAUAACACGUAUUUCUCAUGGUCUGUUUAAUACAAGUUUGAUAUGAUGUAUCAAAUUUGGUAUAAGUUGUCCUCUUCCUGCAUACAUGUAUCAUUUACAAAUGUGUUACUUCUUUUUUUGCAGAUUGAGACAUUUUAUUGUUAAUAUAAAAACCAGUGCUGUUUUAAAGGUCAGCUGUCUUUGAAACCAGUGUUUGCUUAAAAAAAAAUCUCCUUUGUGUUCACACCUUCACACUUCUCGCACCAUAACAACUUUGUUGGAACAAAGUUUUUAUGGUCUCAGGAGGUCCCUAGUGCUGGUUUAACCUCAAAGUCUUCUCUACAGCACUGUUUAGCUCUGCUCCUGUACUUCCACUUUGUCAAUGGUUAAACCCCUAAUGGGAAGCUGGCACCAUGGAUCUCUGGGCAACAUGGGAACAUGCGUGUACUCCUGGCAGGCAAAGGGAAUAAGGUGGAGGGAGUGGGGAUGUAGAGGUAGAGAGGGUUUUUUGAAAAUAAUAAAAAAAACUUCCGACAUCAGAGGAAGGCGGGAGGGUGAGCGAGGAUAGUUAAAAUAUUCUAACAUCUGGCGGCAGCGUGCAGUAUGCAUUAAAGACAGACAUUGAAUAUGUACAGAAUUUACAUUAGGCAGCCUGGAACAGAGUUCUGGGCUGCCAAUGUCACGUGUGCUGGGCUGCCAAUGUCACGUUUAGCUUCCAGCACACAAUUAAAAUAUCUCUGUAUGUGCAAGCACAAAUACUGCACGUAUGUACUCCUUCCAUCUCGACCACUUGUAAUCACUGAAGUGGUCAUGGUGGUUAGAGUAAUCCUUUACAUGUAUGUUUUUCAUGCUCCUACUACUUGUAAAAUAUUUUAUUUUUAGAAAGGUAUUUUUCUUCACCUAUGACUCUGUCAGUACUAAAGUUUCUCUUACAUUACAACAACAUUGGAAUUUUAGGGCGUAAAUUGCAGCUAUUUUGAUAUAGAAACAAAAAAAAGAAAAUAAACAAAAGCAGCACCAUGAUGAUUUUUUCAUAAAAAAAUCUUUUUAUGAAACAAUUCUAAAUGUUCCAAAUAAUUCAUCAAAGUGGUAGUGUUGGCAGUUAGGACCUACCGACUGACACCUUUUGUACACAGAGUUACUUACCCAAAUGCCACUCUAUAUUAUUAACGACCCUAGCAAGCAGAGGUUAAACUAAUAAGGUUAUUAACUAAAGCAUGAAUUGUUGGGAGUUCAGAGUAAAUUCAGAGUAAUUUUCAAAUUUUAGGUCAAUAUAUAACAGUAAUUCAUUAAAGUGAUCCAAGGAUAUAAAAUCUGAGGAGCACAACAAAAGUACACCAAAACUGAUAAAAUAGCUGAAUUGAGAAAGUUUACAUUUUGGCUAUUUUAUUCUGAUAUUUGGGAUUCCAGACAAUACACACUUUAGUGAACAACAAUGUAUCAUAGAAGUUUAUGAACACAAAUAUAAUAAAGAAGUGGUACCGGGGGAGUGGGGAAGGAGGGACAUAGCUUCCUCUGAUUGCAUCAUUUUGGCAGCUAGGAGUUGCUAAAUUUCUCAUUAGAAUUUUCUAAAAAGGAUAUAAGACUCUUCAUGCAUUGAUGCCACUUGAUAAUAAUCUCAUCAAAAUAAUGCUGCCCUUCAAGUUUUAAUUUAGCAGAUGUACAAUUCCUUCGGUUCUACCAAGCAUGAAAUUUAGAUAAUUUGUGUGUACUCAGCUUUUUGUUUGGAAGGGUGGUUUUUGGGCCAGAUAUGAUUCCAGUAUGAAGGCAGCUGGACAUAAGGCACAUAACUUCCAUUAAGAUCCCUAUAGCUUGGGGGCACUUGAAAUAAUAACCUCAAUUCCUAUUGCUUUAUAUCAGCAUGAAUCUGUAAUGGAAAGCGGAUUAGUAUAUUUAAUCAUGCACACCCAUGGAUUUGUUUUGCAGGAGAGUAUGCAGGAUUUGAUGAGUCUCAACUAACGGCAGAGUCUGGUGGGAAAGGAAAAGUGAUUGGUUUACUAAGGGAAGAGUUUGGAUUAAAAAAAAUAGUGAUGAUUGGUGAUGGUGCUACUGACAUGGAAGCUUGUCCCCCAGCAGUAAGUAUAACAACUCCAAUCCCCAUAACAACUCAAACAAAACUAACUUUACAGAAAAUGAUUCCUUAUCCUGAAUCUUAGAACUAUGAAAUCGUCUAAAGGAAAAAAUAUUUAAAAUGUUGUUACAAUCCGCUGCAAACCUGUCUCAGACCAAUAAUUAGAUCCCAUCUUGCCGCUCCUUUAGUUGGAUUUCACGUUUAAUUUUAUUGUCAUGUUAUUGGUCAGUCAAUCAUUGUAACUUAACUCUGUCCAACAGCAUCUGAACUCCACCCACUCUAGCCCACAAUUGUGUAAUUCUGUCUCUUUCCAAGCCCACAAUAUUGUAAGCUUGCCUCCCCAGAAUUCUUAAGUCUGCUUUUAUCUGCUCCUACCAAGACCAUGAGUCCAGUUAAUGAGCUCCACCUGUCAGACAAUGCUACAGUGCCUUUGUGUCUGCUUUGCUUACAGUUACAACCCACAUAUUAUGUCGCAAAUAUAUUUUCAUUGUAUAUACACUAUGUGGACAAAAGUAUUGAGACACCUGACCAUUACACCAACAGGAACUUUUAUGACAUUGUAUUCUAAAUACAUACACAUUAAUAUGUAGUUGGUCCCCCCCUUUGAGGCUAUAAGAGAUUCCACUCUUCUGGGAAGGCUUUUCACAAGAUGUUGGAGUGUUUCUGUGGGAAUCUUUGCCCAUUCUUCCAGUACAGCAUUUGUGAGGUUAGGCACUAAUGUUGGAUGAGUAGGCCUGGCUCACAAUCUCUGUUCCAGUUCAUCCCAAAGGUGUUCGAUUGGAUUGAGGUCACAGCUCUGUGCAGACCAGUCAAGUUCUUCCACACCAAACUCAUCCAACCAUGUCUUUAUAACCAUGCUUUGUCAUGCUGGAAUAGAAAAGGCCCCUUUCCCAAACUGUUACUGCAAAGAUGGAAGCAUAGCAUUGUCCAAAAUGUCUUGGUAUGCUGAAGCAUUAAGAUUUCCCUUCAGUGGAUGUAAGGGACCUUGCUUAACCUGUGAAAAACAGCCCCAUACCAUAAUCUUUUCUCUACCAAACUUUACAGUUGACACAAUGCACUCAGGCAGGUAAUGUUCACCUGACAUCUGCUAAACCCUGACUCGUCCAUUAGACUGCCAAACAGAGAAGCAUGAUACAUCACUUUAAAGAACACGUUUGCACUGCUCCAGAGUCUAGUGGUGGCAUGCUGUAAACCACUCAAGUCAAGGCUUGGCAUUGUACUUGGUGAUGUAAGGUUUGGAUGCAGCUGCAUUUAAACCCUGUUCCAUGAAGCUCCCACCACACAUUUCUGUGCUGAUGUUAAUGCCAGUGGAAGUUUGGAACUCUUCAACUAUGGAAUUUGCAGAGCAUUGCCGAUUUCUGCUCACCGCGUGUCAGGAAACUGACAGGGAUCCAAUACGCAGAGUGCGCACAGAAGGAGGUACGUAUACCGGACCUUAGAAUGGCCGGACUAACGUAAGGACAAAGCAAGAAUAGUCAAAAGGUAAGCCGAGGUCAAGGGAGCCGGAGGACAGGUAAGCGAGAUACAAGCCGAGUCAAAGGAGAGGAGAGGACAACAGGACAAAAGGCAAGCAAGGGUCAAAACCGGAAACACUAGAUAAAGAACGCGCUGAGUGACUAGCAAGCUAGAACCACGACAGGGCAAUGAGCAGUAGUAAAGGUUUCCUUUAAAUACCCUGUUACCUAAAUAGAGACCACGCCCCCAAAAGGUCCGGAAUAGCGGUUCCCGGCACUUUAUGCAAAUGCCGACGUCAUGACGUCGACGCUAGCCGUCGCGUCAUAAAAGGGGGAGGAGCUAGCGCGGCCGGCGCGAAAACGGCCGAAAUAUGCCGAAAUGCUAGGGGAAGGGAGCCCCUAAGCAGAGAGGAUGUCCUCCCUGGAUACAUUACCAACAGGUACCCUGACAGUACCCCCCCUUCUAGAAACGCCCACCGGGCGGAUGGGACCUGGCUUAGAAGGAAAACGAACGUGGAAGGCCCGUAGAAGACGAGGAGCAUGCACGUCUAUACCAGGAACCCAAGACCUCUCUUCUGGACCAUAACCUUUCCAGUCUAUGAGGUAUUGCAGCUUCCCCCUAGAAAUACGAGAAUCAAGGAUGGACUUGAUGAUAUAUUCCUCCUGACCAUCCACACGGACCGAGGAUGGAGGAGUAGAGCGGGAGGAAAAUCUGUUACAAACAAGAGGUUUCAAUAAAGACACAUGAAAAGAGUUAGGGAUGCGUAGAGUAGGAGGUAGAUCCAGCAAAUAAGAAACCGGGUUGAUCCUCCUCAGUACCCUGUAAGGACCAAUGUAACGAGGAGCAAACUUCAAGGAAGGAACUUUCAGGCGAAUGUGUCUGGUACACAACCAGACCCUAUCCCCCGGAGAAAAAAUAGGAGCAGGACGUCUACGCCUAUCAGCAUGUGACUUAAACACCGCGGAACUACGUUCAAGAAUUUGUCGAGUCUGAUCCCACAACUUUCUCAGGUUGGCUAUAUGAAUAUCAACCGACGGUAUACCCUGGGAAGGAGACACCGACGGAAGAACAGUAGGGUUAAAGCCAUAGUUCAAGAAAAAGGGGCUAUUAUGAGUGGAACCACAAACAAGGUUGUUGUGAGCAAACUCCGCCCAAGGAAUCAGACCGACCCAGUCAUCCUGGUGUUCAGAAACAAAACAACGUAGAUAUUGCUCAAUUUUUUGGUUAGUGCGUUCGGCUGCUCCGUUAGAUUGAGGAUGAUAGGCCGAAGAAAAAUUCAGUUUGAUGCCCAACUGUGAACAGAAGGAUCUCCAAAAACGGGAAAUAAAUUGGGAACCCCUGUCUGACACAAUCUCAUUGGGAAUACCAUGUAAACGGAAAAUUUCUCUAGCAAAAAUCACGGCCAGUUCGGGGGAGGACGGAAGUUUAGGCAAGGGAACGAAAUGAGCCAUUUUAGUAAACCUGUCAAGGACCGUGAGUAUAACUGUAUGCCUAUUGGAAGCUGGUAGAUCAACAAUAAAAUCCAUAGCCAAGCAAGCCCAAGGUUUGUUGGGAACGACUAAGGGCUGCAAUAAACCACAAGGGAGAUCCCGCGGAAGUUUAUUCCUGACACAAACAUUGCAAGCCUUGACAAAGUCUUCCACAUCCCUACGUAAACCGGGCCACCAGAAGUCUUUGAGAUCAGGCAGUAAGUUUUGUGGAUGCCGGGGUGACCAGCGAUCUUGCUAUCGUGGAAACAGCGAAUAAUGUCCACUUGGAAUUUGGGAGACACGAACAAGCGGCCCACAGGAGUACGUUCGGGAGCAAGAGAUUGUUCGUUCUGAAUAUCAGCGAGCAAUGGAGAGUGUAUUUUGACAUUGGUGUUGGCGAUAAUAUUGACUUCAGGAAUAAUAGGGAACAAAGUAUCCUCUGUAGAGGUGGUAGGUUCGUGCUGACGUGACAAAGCGUCUGCUUUAGUGUUCUUAGAACCAGGCCUGUAAGUAAGCACAUAAUUAAAGUGUGUAAGGAACAUAGACCAACGUGCCUGCCUGGCAGAUAAUCUUUUGGCCUCCCCCAUAUACGAUAAAUUUUUGUGGUCAGUCAAGAUAGUAACUGGGAGGACGGUGCCCUCUAACAAAUGUCUCCAUUCCUUUAAUGCCAUAAUGAUAGCUAAAAGUUCUCUAUCACCAAUGUCAUAUCUCCUUUCAGUGUGUGACAGUUUCUUGGAAAAAAAACCGCAAGGGUGCAGCGGCUUAUCUAAACUUUGUCUUUGGGAUAACACUGCGCCUAUCCCUGUUUCAGACGCAUCAACUUCAAGUAAAAAGGGUAGAGAGGUAUCAGGAUGAACUAAUACAGGUGCUGAGGCAAAAGACUGUUUGAGCGUUUCGAAAGCAGAUAAAGCCUCAGUAGACCAGGUUUUGGUAUCGGCUCCUUGUUUGGUCAUAUUAGUGAUAGGAGCGAUAACAGAGGAGUACCCUUUAAUAAAGCGUCUGUAAUAAUUAGAAAAUCCAAGAAAUCUUUGUAUGGCUUUGAGUCCCUUAGGUAAAGGCCAAUCUAAAAUCGAUUUUAGUUUGGUCGGGUCCAUCAUAAACCCGUCUUUGGAAAUUACGUAACCUAAGAAAGUUACCUGAGACUGGUCAAAGCUACAUUUUUCCAAUUUACAAUACAAUCCAUGUUGUAAAAGUUUCUGUAAUACCUUUCUGACUUGUCUAUGAUGUGAAUUAAUGUCUCUAGAAUGGAUUAGUAUAUCAUCCAAAUAUACAAUUACACAUUCAUGUUGGAAUUCUCUAAGAACUUCAUUGAUCAAGUCUUGGAAGACGGCCGGGCGUUACAAAGCCCAAACGGCAUUACGGUAUACUCAUAAUGCCCGUAACGGGUAUUAAAUGCUGUCAUCCAUUCAUCUCCUUGUUUAAUUCGCACUAAGUUAUAUGCUCCCCUUAAGUCAAGUUUAGUAAAAAUACUCGACCCCUUUAGUCUGUCAAAGAGUUCAGUAAUCAAAGGAAUAGGGUAAGCAUUUCUGAUAGUAAUUUUGUUCAAUCCCCGAUAGUCUAUACAAGGACGUAAGGUACCGUCUUUCUUUUCUACAAAAAAGAAACCCGCCCCCGCCGGAGAAGAAGACUUUCUAAUAAAUCCCUUGUCUAAAUUCUCCUUGAUAUAUUCCUCUAAAACUAAGUUUUCCUUGGUGGAUAGAGGGUAUACCGUACCCCUGGGAGGCAUAGUACCAGGGAAAAGUUUAAUAGAACAGUCAUAAGACCGGUGGGGAGGUAAAGUAUCCGCCUUACCCUUGUCAAAUACAGAUUUGAGGUCUAGAUAUUGUAAUGGUAUCUGAACGUCUGUGGAUUGAGAAGUGUUAGCAUAAGAGUUCACGGGGCAAACAGAAGUAACUCUCUGCAGACAUUCUUUCCUACAACCCAUACCCCAAGAAACGAUUUCUCCACCCUCCCAGUCAAUCUGAGGGUUGUGUCUCUUGAGCCAAGAAUAUCCUAGAACCACUGGGACUGCCGGGGAGGAAAUUAACAGAAGGGAAAUCAACUCUUCGUGGAAAAUACCAACAGUAAGCUUAACGGGUUCGGUCUCAUGGAAUAUUACUGGUUCAGAUAAAGGUCUACCAUCUAUGGCCUCAACGGCCAAGGGUGUAUCUCUCAAUUGGAAUGGGAUACAAUGCAUAUUAGCGAAAGUUUGGUCUAUAAAGCUUUCUGCUGCUCCAGAAUCUAAUAAUGCCAUCGUAGUAAUAAACCCCUUUUCCCAAGCUAGAGAGACAGGAAUCAGAAGCCUAUGGUCUUUUUUAUUAUGCAUAGAGGACAGUAAUGAAACACCCAAGGCCCGUCCUCUAAGGGAACUUAGGUGCGAGCGUUUCCCGGACGAUUAGGGCAACUGAGACGUAGGUGACCUCUCAGCCCGCAGUAUAAACAGAGACCCUCCCUUCUUCUGUACUGUCUCUCAGCCUCAGAUAAGCGAGUAUUACCUAUUUGCAUAGGUUCUGGUAGAGUAGGAUUAUAGGAGUCAGGGUUCUGAAAUGAGGGAGCGAGUCUUACAGGAAGUCUAGUAACUCUUUCCCGAGUGUUCUGCCUCUGUCUCAUGCGUUCAUCUAUUCUGGAAAUGAAGGAUACUAAAUCCUCUAAAUUUUCCGGAAGUUCUCUAGUGGCAAUUUCAUCUAGAAUUUCAUCAGACAACCCAUUCAAGAAAACAUCCAUAAAAGCUUGUUCGUUCCAUUUCACUUCUGCUGCCAAUGAUCUAAACUCUAGAGCAUAUUCUACAAGGGUCCUAUCUUGUUGUUUAAGGCGUAACAGGGAUCUGGCCGCAUUAAUCUUCCUCCCUGGGGGGUCAAAGGUUCUUCUAAAAGCCGUGACAAACGCAGUGUAGUUGUAGACUAAAGGAUUGUCAUUCUCCCAAAGGGGAUUGGCCCAUCUAAGUGCUUUAUCUAUUAGCAGGGUUAUAAUAAAGCCUACCUUAGCCCUGUCAGUGGGGUAAGCCCGGGGUUGUAGUUCGAAAUGUAUACUUAUCUGGUUUAAAAAACCACGACAAGCAUCAGGCGAACCCCCAUAUCGUAAUGGUGACGUGACAUGGGAAGAUGCGCCUACAGUGGCUACUUCCAAACCAGUACUUAGCGAGUGGCUAGCAGUGGAACGUAUUUCUUCAGACUGGGUACUGGAGCGUGUCAACAAAGUUUGUAACGCUAAAGCCAUUUGGUCCAUUCUAUGGUCCAUGGCCUCAAAUCUGGGGUCAGGAGGACUAGCACCUGCAGGAUCCAUCAUGGCCCUGUCGUAAUGUCAGGAAACUGACAGGGAUCCAAUACGCAGAGUGCGCACAGAAGGAGGUACGUAUACCGGACCUUAGAAUGGCCGGACUAACGUAAGGACAAAGCAAGAAUAGUCAAAAGGUAAGCCGAGGUCAAGGGAGCCGGAGGACAGGUAAGCGAGAUACAAGCCGAGUCAAAGGAGAGGAGAGGACAACAGGACAAAAGGCAAGCAAGGGUCAAAACCGGAAACACUAGAUAAAGAACGCGCUGAGUGACUAGCAAGCUAGAACCACGACAGGGCAAUGAGCAGUAGUAAAGGUUUCCUUUAAAUACCCUGUUACCUAAAUAGAGACCACGCCCCCAAAAGGUCCGGAAUAGCGGUUCCCGGCACUUUAUGCAAAUGCCGACGUCAUGACGUCGACGCUAGCCGUCGCGUCAUAAAAGGGGGAGGAGCUAGCGCGGCCGGCGCGAAAACGGCCGAAAUAUGCCGAAAUGCUAGGGGAAGGGAGCCCCUAAGCAGAGAGGAUGUCCUCCCUGGAUACAUUACCAACAGGUACCCUGACACCGCGUGCCUCAGCACUUGUUGACCCUGGUCUGUAACUUUACAUGGUCUUCCAUUUUGUGGCUGAGGUGGUGCUAUCCCUAAACACUUCCAUUUUCCAAUAAUACCACUUACAGUUGACAGUGGCAAAUCUAGCAGGGAUGAAAUUUCAUAAAUUUGCAAAGGUGGCAACCUAUCACAGUACCAUGCUUAAAUUCACUAAGCUCUUUUUUUUUUUUUAUGUUUGUAAAUGCAGACUGCAUGGCUAGGUGCUUGAGUUCAUACAAAAACAAACAAUAUGAGAACUCUGAGAACGUACAAAAGCUUAGAGAAACGCAAUAGCUUGCCCUUCUGUAAAUCCCUGCUCAGGUCUGUAAAAGAAGGCCGAAACGAUCGUCUGGGGUUGCUGUAUCUCUCCUGCAGAGAUAAUAUGCUGGCAUUCUGGACUGCCUGUACGGGUAGGAUAUGCUUCAGAUAUAUUCUCUCUGUAAUGGCACAAGUGAGCAAAAACUAUUAUGAGUUCUCAUAUUUUUUUUUGCUGAUUUUAUACACCUGUGGCAAUGGGUCUGAUUGAAACACCUGAAUCCAAUAAUUAAGAUGUGUGUCCCAAUACUUUUGUCCAUAUAGUGUAGUUGCUGCCAUCAUCUCAAUAAAGGCAAUCACAUUUUUUUUAAAGGCAGACUAUGGGGGUAGAAAGUCAAGGCAAGAUAUAUAGGCAUAGACUCAGAGACUUGUAGGCAUAAUGUUUUUCUUGCCAAAGGCACAAGGGUAAAUACUCCAGCACUAUAAGGCCCUCUUCCCCUGAUUUUAACCCUUGCACAACACCUGUUCACCCACAAAACACAUACACGAUUCUGGCAAUAUAAUAAUAACCCUUUAUAUAUGAGCAUGACAUGUUCUUUAUUGAUCAUCAUCCUAGAAUGUUGAGGCUGGCAAAAUCCUUACCACUAAACACACAAGUGUUGGAGUUUUGAUUGCUCCAAAUACGUAAGACUUGGCCUCCCCCGCCGCACUUUGCCAACAACCCUCUAGAGGAGUUUAUCCCAUGUACUAAGUUCUACAUCAGCCCCCGUGUCUGGCACUGCACAGCUGUCACUCCCCAGGGGCCCUCCAAAGCCACUAAUCCACCCCCACGGUAAAUUAAACUGCUAUUUACCAAUUUUCACCAUUGCACGGCCAUAUGUAAACCAUUCCUGUUUAGCCUGUGUACUGAUCCUGCAUCUCAAGGGAGGGCUGGGAAGGACAUGCAUAUGGAGUCCUUCUCUUUCCGAUGAUUUGCAUAUAAUAUGAUUACAUUAACAACAAAAAUAUAAAAUUUCCAUAUAUUUUGAUAAAGGAACCAAAAAUAUACACAAAAAAGGUACAAGCAUUUACUAGGUGUUAAACAGCUACACAAGAAUAAAGACAAACGUUUCUGUGCAAUCUGCUCUAUCUCAAUGCAUUGUACAAUGAGAGGGCAAUUUGUUCAAAACGUUUGUCUUUGAUUCUCCACAUCAGAUUCUUGUGAUUUGCACCCAGCAAAUCCUUUUUUGAGUCUUGUGCCUUUUUUUUUUUACUUUUUUGGGUUCAGUUUAUGCACACCUUAUGUUGAGCAAAUAGUGCAGGUACAUUUAGGCAGCAGAGAAGUGAAUUUCUUCUGCUAUUUGAGGUUCUGCAGUAACCUAUUCUCAUCAUUUUAUUAUUGUAUGCAUAUUUUAUAUAAUACAGAUUAAACCACUUUGGAAUAUCUUAGAUGUCCUACCACAAAUAGUAUUUGCUUUAUAUAAUGUCUAUUUAUCGUUUAUAGGUUUAAUUAGAUCCACAUUUCUGGAAAGUAUCAAGGAAUCUGUCCUAGACAUGCCUUAACCUAGUUACUUGGUCUACUUUAUCCCGAACUGAAGCUAUCUGACUCUCCAUGUAGCAAAUUUCCUCAACCCUAUUUAGGCAUUAGUAAUAGUUGGUGACUUUUCUCCCCCUCCAAUGAAGAGGUAUCAAAAUUUUAGAUGCAUUAGUCGAAUGCCUUAAAGCAGAGCUUGCAAGACAGGAGCCAUAUUAAAAAAAAAAAAAAAAAGUAUAAAUAAAUAAACAACCCCAAUGAGGGUUUUAAACAACUGAAUGUUUAAAACCGGUGACUGGGCAGUCAUUGCUGCCCAGUUGUUAGAAAAGCCACAUCUGUAUGACCUGUAAAAUAACAGGUGGGGAUCAUUGAUACCCAGUCCCAUUGUUAUUAGGUGGUGGGAAGACAGAUCGCUGUCCACUUGCCCCCACAGGUGGACAGCAGGUGAGGGCUACUUACCCAUUAGUGCCAGUCAGGGCCGGACUGGGAAAAAUAUUUGGCCCGGGCCUUUUUCAAUCUUAGCGGCCCCCUGAGAAGGGGUCGGGGCCAGAGAGGGUGUGUUUUGUCAUCACUAAUGACAAGCAGGCCCCCUCUCAAAGUGAGCAUGUUAGUUCAAUGCACAGAGCCCUGCUGAAGAGCUCUAGCAUGAGAAAAAGGCCCUGUGUUUGUUCUGCGCAGCGCAAGCAAAUUUAAUAACAUGUCUCUGAUGUCUCCGUAAGUGGGAUACAAAAGGGCCAGGAAAGCGUAUCGUGCUAGGGGCUGUAGAUAGUGUAUGUGUAUAGGGGACAUAGUGUGUAUUGGGGAUGUAGCGAGUGUGUGCAUACAGGCUGUAGUGUGUGUAGGGGUUGUAGAGAAUGCUGCAAGUGUUUGCUAACAAGGAAUGUAGUGUGUGCAUAGGGGAUACAGAGUUUGUAUGUCAGGAAUGUAGUGUGUGUAGGUGGUGCAGUGUGUGUGUGUGUGUGUGUGUGUGUGUGUAGGGGAUCUAGUGUGUAAAGGACCCAGAGUGUGUAUAGGAGAUUGUGUGUGUGUGUGUGUGUGUGUGUAGAUUAGAUGAUGCAGAGUUGGGUAAGGGAUCUAGCGUGUAUCUGGAGCGUAAUGUGUGUAGUGGUGCAGUGUGAGGGGUGCUGUAGUGUGUGUGUGUGUAUAUAUAUAUAUAUAUAUGUGUGUGUGUGUUUGGAUGUAUUGUAUGUGUGAGGGUCGCAGUGUGUUGGGUGCAGCAUGUGUGUGUAAGAGGGGUGCUGUGUGUGUGUGAGGGUGUUCUUAUCUGCCAUCGCAUUCUGUGUCUAAUUCUCUUUGUCUGUUAACUCAUUGAGGGUUAUUUUAUAUAUUAUAUAUGUGAGGGUGCUGUGUGUGUCUGAGGGUGCUGUGUGUUUGUGUAAGGGUGCUGUGUGUUUGUGUAAGGGUGCUGUGUGUGUGCUGUUAGUGUGUGUGUGCUGUGUGUGUGAAUAUGUCUGGAGGGACAUAUUCUUACCUUUAGCCUGGGAGGGGGGAGCCGUGCAGCCAUGGAGGAGGGCCGUGCUGCAGCCCAUGGUGGUCCUAUUGGUGAGUGAACUCUAACCUGCAGGUUCUGGGGUAGAGUUCACUCUCGCGAGAUCUGAGCAUUGCCAUGGUAUCCGUAACGCUCCGACCUCGCGAGAGGAUCCCUCCCCAGCCAGCGGCAGCAUUACAGUGCCUGUGGGCCGGUGAGGGAGAUCUUUGAUCUCCCCACCAGCCCAUGAAGGCACACAACAGGGCAGGCACUCUGAUAGUGACGGCCCUGCAUGGGCCAGCCGGGGAGAUCCUGUGAUCUCCCCUGCCAACUUUGGCCCAUGGCCAUCGCGGCCCACAGGGCAUUUGCCCGGUAUGCCCGAUGGCCAGUCUGGGCCUGGCGGCAGUUGGAGUCUAAUGUAAUAUUAAGGCAGGGGAACUAGUGUCCACACACCAAUCCCGAGGUGGUGACAUUAGCAAUUUGUGGUGAUAAACAAUGGCUACACUCUUCCCUUGUACAUGGAUAUUCUUAUUAGAGCCCCCACCUUCCGCUAGUGGGUGGGGGCUGGGGACAUUAGAACCCACCCACUGACCGCAGAUGGGGCAGUAAUCUGUCCACAUCCCCCACCAUUAUUUAUGUUAAAUGAUCCCACCUGAUGCUCACAGGGAAGAAUAUGUCCACUCCUGUUAUUUUACAGGCCCCAUCCAAUGGGGAAGAGGCUUUUCUAGCGAUUGGGAAGCAAUUAUUUUCCCUUUUGCUAGUUUUAUUUUUUUUAUUUUAUUUUUUUUAAAAUCGUUUUUAUUUUUCAUAGAUGGUAAAAGUUAUACGAAUCAAUACAGACAUAAAUUGUGUCUCGGGCUCGCAGUCCCGUUUUGUGUAUGAAAGCAUUUUGAUCCGUUUCUGAUGAAAUAUAACGCAUUACAUCAAUCCCUUUUGCUAGUUUUAAACAUUUAGUAGAUAUACCUUCCCCCCCCCCAAAAAAAACAAACAAAAAAUUCUUAUUAAACUCCAUAGGUUUUUUUUUAUAUAUAUAUAUAUUUGUUUUACAUUUUUUUUAAUGUGGAGGCUGGCUAGCAAGCGCUGACCAGCUGCCACACUAUUUACCCUUGCUCUAGCGGAGGUAAACAACUAUUUUCCAGCUGGUUGGUAGCGCUGCCAGUGGUAACAUAGUACUUGAAAAUAUCAAAUGACUUGCACAAAGAAGGUGAACGAUAAUGUGCAUCCUGUUGGACAAAAUUAUGUGAUGUGUGUGUGUGUGGUUGAGUGUUGUGUGAGAGUAGUGUGUGACGUAUAAGUUUGUUGGGAAAGGAAGUUGUGUGUAUGGCUGUAAGUUUUUAAUUUGUCCCCCUCCUGCUUACCUUUUAGCAGGAAGGUGUUUAGUGGAAUGCACUUUAGGCAGGAUUUCUGCAAUACUUUGAGCCAAUGAGAAGUGCCACGACCAUGAGGGAGCUCGUAAAAUGGUCUGCACCUGACUGAGUUGCAGACCACAAUGCUCCCUUAAGGUAAGUUCGUUUUAGAGAGGGCUCCCUCACAGAUAGAGUUGGAGCUCUAGGCUCAUUUAUGGGACCAUCGAGCCCUAGGAGGCAGCCAAUACUGCCUGAUGGGUAAUGUGUCUCUGUAGCAGGGAUUUUUUUCUAGCCUUUUACCAAAAGACCAGCAUUAGAGUAUCUAAUCUUAUUUGCAUUACUCCAUAUUAUUUUUAUACCUCUGAUGGUAGAUUUUAUAUCCAGACAGUUUGAUGAGGGAGAAGUAAGAGGAAAUAAGGUGAGUGACAAGUUUUGCAGGAAAAAAAAAAAAAAGGAGAAUGUUUAGGUGGGCAAAGAAGGUAAAUGUAAUUAGACCAAAAUCUGAAAGUUGACAGACCCACUUCAAAUAUAGUCUGUUACUCUCUAUAAUAUUGUUUUUGGAAACGUCAUUCCAGUGAAGAUUUUCAUCUUUAUUUUUUAUCCUUUCCUAAAUUUAGGAUGGAUUCAUCGGGUUUGGAGGCAACGUGACAAGACAGCAGGUGAAGGAAAAAGCCAAGUGGUAUAUUACAGACUUCGAGGAGCUGUUGAGAGAACUAGACAGCGACAGUAUCAAAAUGAAUCACAAUGAUAUAUUUUACUAGUAUUGUUACAGGGAUUAGUUACAUUUGUCUUGUCUUCUUCAGAUAUCUGGUCUAGAUCACCUCCCUUUCCACUUUAUUUUUUAAUUCAGUGUAGAACACAAAGGUGCUUAUAUAAUUGUGUCCUUUUAUAUUUACGGUAGUUUUUGAACAAAUAGAAUGGCUAUACUAUUCUCCUAUUCCUAGACUUAACAAAUUACUCACUAAUUAUAUUAGUGUCUUUAGACUAAUUUACCCAUUAUAUAUUUUCUCUCUCAUGAUCUAAGUUGGACUAUAUUUUUAUUAUAAUAUUACACCUGCAGAAGUAUUUUCACUCCAAAUGCAACACGCUCCAUUAACUCUUUGCUCUACAAGAAAGUCAGAAUACUAUGAGAAUUGGUCCUUCCUAAAGUGUCUUUGGAUUUUAUUUACCCUUCCUCUGCGGAGUUGGUCAUCUUUGAGUUAUCUUUUGAUCAUAAACACUGCUUAUCGAUUAAGGUCAUGCACAAUAUAAAGGUCUUAAACUGUCCCAGCAUGCAUUUAUUUUGAGAUGCUUGAUCAAGAUGUUCAGAUUAAUGAACUUGCACUGGUUCUUGAUAUCCUGCAUGGUCUUUCGACCGUGCAGUUAAUGUUUGGAAAAGCAACAUUUGCAGCUAAAGAGAACCUAAAGAUGGCCUCCUCCAUUUAGCAAGGAUUAGCAGGGAAGCUAAGUAUUAGCUUAAAAGUAUCCAUUAUAAAAUAAUGUAUACUGGGCCUAUAUUCAAGGUAAUACUUUAUUUUUAAUACGUUUUAAAAAUAAGAAAGUUAAUCCUGAGCUCUGAAAAACUGAAUGCACAUUUUGCAUUGUAUUUAACAUGCAUUCAUUUAGUCAUUUUGGUUUACUUAGCUCUAGUGGUGUGUGCAAGAACCUAAAGCACUUUUAUUUGUGUUGUUUGAGAGUUGGAUGUAUGUAAUAGACUGUAUCACUUUUCACAUUGCUUUAAGCAGAUGCUAUUAAGUUGACAUACUUAUGUUAAAUGUUUUCCUUAUCUCCACUAUUGUGGAUGCAUUAUUUCAUUUGAUCAACUGAACCAACUCUAAAGACCCCUCUAUCCCUGACUGUGAAAUGAUGUCUCUCACGUUCCUUAGUUGGCAUUAAGGAUCAAUGAGAGGAAAUGACCGUGCUAAUUUAUUCUAGGGCAGCCCACAUAAAUCAUUGCUUACAACAUUUUGAUUUAAUUGCUAAACUGAGAAUUGUACAUUUGAGAUCAAACCUGGAAACUAGUCUUGAAACUUGGCUAUUAGGCAAUUUUAGUUUAGCAAAUAAAUUCCAUUAUUUUUGUAGUAACAUUUGGCUAAUCACAUCAAGGGGACGAUAUACUGCACUUCCAACUUUGAAUUUUUUGCUGAGCCAGCCAAUAAAAAUCAACUUCCUGUUAGCAGGACAGGCUGUGAUGAUGACAUCACUACCAUUAACUUCAAACACACUCUUGAGGGAAGCGUGACUGAAAAGAAGAAUAAAUAGGGAUGUAAUGUUUUAGAACAUCUUCACUACAACUAUUUGUGAGCAAAGUUUUUUUUUUUUUUUUUUCUUAACGUUUUUGUAAUUUUUACACAAUCUGUGGAAAACUGAAAUGCCUAUAUGUCAAAUCAUCGACAUUAUCUGAUAUUGGCCAAGCAUUAUCAAUCCUUCCAGCUGGCAUUUGGCCAUAACCAAACAUAUUUAGAGCCUGCUCUGCUCGGUUCUUUUUUUUUUUUUUUUAAUAGUGUUUGUAUGUAAUGAACAAAGACAGUAGUACUCACUAAGGUGAGAGUUUUUAGAAUUCAACAUGUAUGUCAAAUUCUAAGACAACAUAGCUCAACUGAAAAAUUGUGAUUUAACCAUUGGCAGAACUAGUUGAGACAAUCCUGGUGCAGUAAAUGUUUUUGGGGCCCCAAUCUAGUGCAAUGGUGGACAAAAAGCUAGAUCUUCAACUGUUGUGUAACUCACACAACAAAGUGUGUGUGUGGGGUGGGGUGAGGGGGACGUAGCAGUUAAAGGUUUGUUAAAUGCACACAAUGGUUUAAAAUGGGGUUAAGAAGCACCAGGGAUAUGGGGACUAAAAGGCAAACAAUGAUGUAAUGGUGGGUUAAGAGGCACAGAAAUGGUAAAAGCUGGUUAGGAGACACACAAGAUGGUGAGGCAUACCAGGUUUAUAAACUGGGGGAGAUAAGGGGCACACGAGGGGUAAAAAGUGGAUUAAGAGGCACAUAAAAGCUAAAAGACGGAUUUAAGAGAAACACGAUGUAAGAGGAGGUUAAGAGAUACAAAGGGGAAAGAGGGGAUAAAAGACACAAUAGGCUUAGAGGGGUAAAGAUACAUACUAGGGGAUGAGGGGUUUUAAGAGACAUAAGGAGUAAGGGGGAGACACACAAAGGUAAGCAAGUAUAAAAGAGACAAUAGCUGUAAGGGGGUGAGGAGAGAAUGAGAGGGGUUAGGAGGCACAGACAAGGAGGGUGUCAUCAUACUAUCCCACCCAGGUUUUAACCUAGGUACUCCUCUGAGUGUUGGCUAUUUAACUUUUGAAUGCAGGUGUACAUUUAUGUGUAGCAUUGGAAUUUGAAUGCAGGAGUGUAUUUGUGUAUAGUGCUGGCAUUUGAUUGCUGGGAUGUAUGGACAUACACUGCCAUACACACAUAACGACACAGAUACACUGACACACACAUAAUCCAUCAGUAAACAUAAAUAAACUAGGGAUUUUUUUUUUUUAAUUUUAUCCAAUUCGACUAUAGUGUACUCAAAUUUUAAAUUCACUUUGAAUUCUUGACAGAGCACACUUAAGUGAACAUUGUAAGUUAAUUAUGUACUUUCUUGGCUUGUAGCUUGCCAGUCUAAUAUAUAACUGAACUGUGCUGGCAUAUGCUUAGCUUGAGCUUGCGCCAAAAGUAUAUCAACAAGCAGUGUUAGUGGGUCUCAAACAAUUGACCGCAAAAGAAUCACAAAUAUUGCUGUUGCCAAAAAAUAUUUUACUACAUAUACUUAUACUACAGGGCCGUUGAAUGCUUCGAUCUGAUUGGUUGACGAACGUUCUAAGGUGUGCAUUAUUUUCAGGGAGACGCACGGCUAAAGUAGUUACAGACAGGUCUUGACCGCAUUACAGUUGCGUAAGAAAUUAGUCCUACAUACAAGAGCGUUUUAAUGACAAAAACUUGACAAAUGCCUUGAAAUACAUCAUCUGAACAAUGUUUCGAGGUGUGGUAACUGUAGUAUAAGCGGAAUAAUUGACUCCAGGCCGUUGAAUUAUUAGAAAAAAAUAAUGCACACCCGAGGUGUAACGGCUACUCCGCUUCGCAUCGUGACCGCAUUACCACCUGUGGUGUGCAUUAUUUUUCUAAUAAUUCAACGGUCUGUCAUCAAUUAUUCCUUACAUACUGUAUACGCACAAAUAUGUAUAGAAAAAUGCACGGUUGAUUGUGAAACUAAAUCUUUUUCCUGUGGGUUAAACUUUGUGUUGAUGCCCAAGAUUAUACUUUAUUUUUUUGCUCUUUCUAAUUCAGACAAUUCUGUCUUUAAUAUAUUAGUAAUAAAAUAAUCUUAAUUUAUAAUUUGCUUGUCUUUUUUUAUACUUUUCCUGCAAAACUUGCAAAAAAAUAAAAAAUCAAAACUCAUAUGAAACAGACUGUUUGUUUGUUUUUUAAACUCCUAGGUUGUACCCUUCCAUUUUCUUAUCAAUCUAACUUUUCUUUAGACAUUGCAUAGUACAGUACAAUAAAGAAAAAAGGAGCUGUUUCAGAUAAACACAUGUCAAAGAAACUGUCAUUAGAUAUACUCCUG